AUGAAUUAAGUUGCUAAUCAUGAAGGUGUAAACUAAUUAGUGUAUGGUAUACUAGUCAAAAUAAAGAUGCAUAAAUCCAAACGAACUUAGAUAAUUUUGUUUUUGAGUCCGAAUGAGGCUAGGAUGAUUCAAAUGGUAAUGCAAUAAUAAAAUUCUUAGCUUGAUCCACUUGGUACUUUCAGUAAUUACUUUGAUCUCACACAAAUUUCAGACAUUACAUCUGAAGAGCAGAACAAACUGAAAAUCAUCAAUUCGCAAGGAAUCUUCAUUAAACUCUACUUUGAUAAUUACCAAUAACAAAACAUCAUUAGAGAAGGAUUGCAAUAUCUUAUAGCUGAGGCAUUCCGCAUCUAAAAAUAGUUAGAUAGCUACAAUCAAAUAUGGAGCAAUGCCCUAAAAUUGAUUACUAAGUCAGAUCUCGAUAUGGAUAAUAGACUCAACUUUAAAGAAUUCUAAUUUCUAAUUGGAGAAUUGUAAAUUGAAAUCCAAGAAAGAAAACUCUUAUAGUUAUUUGAUAAACAUUAAAAAAAUAACCAAUUGGAUGAGGCUACUCUGUAUAAAUUGCUCAUGGAGAUUACAAGGAAACAUGAAUUGAUUCAAUUAUAUCAAAAAUAUUGCAGUAAAUAAGAAGGUUUAUUUGAUGAUCCCCACAAUACGAUGUUGAUGAGUGCUCAUGACUUAGAAACCUUCUUCUUAAUUGAGUAGGGUCAAAAAGAUUAUAAAGCAUAAAAAUAGUGUUACAAUUUCUAUGAUUUCUAAAACAUCAUUUUUAAUCAAGAAAACUCAAUAUUCCAAGCCAAAGAUUUUGAUAAAUCUUAGCCUCUUACAUAAUAUUUAAUCAAUUCAUCUCACAAUACCUAUCUAGAAACCAACCAAUUAACUGGUUAAUCAAGUUGCUUUGCCUACCAAGAUGCCUUCAAGAUGGGGUUUAAAUGUGUAGAAUUAGAUUGUUGGGAUGGAUAAGAUGGAGAACCAAAUGUUACACAUGGUCAUACCUUAGUGAAUGAUAUCAAGUUUAUAGAUGUUAUCAGAACAGUCAGAGAAUUCGCCUUCUUUAAAGAUGAUAAUCCUGCUAUUUUAUCUUUAGAAAUGCAUUGUUCUCUUAAAUAACAAAGAAGAAUUGCUGACAUAUUGAGAUCAGUCUUAGGAGACAUGCUCUUUGUGAUCAAGGACUAUAAGGCUAAGCAAUUUGCUUCUUUGUAGGAAUUGCAGAGGAAGGUCUUGAUAAAAUACAAGGCUGAUGAAGAAUUCUUGUAAGAGAAACUGCAAUUGAGUGAUCAUUCCUUAUCCUUAUCCUUGUAUUGUACAUAAACAAAAGAAGACAUGCUCAUUCAGUUCGAAGAUGAACAAGAUAAUGAUAACUAGCUUAACUAAUAUAGCAAAACACUUGAUAGUAAACAAGUCAAGAAGAGUUGCAGAGAAAUAUUGGAAAUAACGUCUUUGUUCGCUGUAUCGCUUAAACUGAAUGUCAAUCCAGAUUUGGUGUGGGUGGUUUCAAGUGUAUCUGAAGAUAAGAUUUAAGAUGUCGUGAAAAAGAAUUAAGGGAAAUUUUAAGAUUAUGUGAAUACGUACUUCGUAAGGAUCUAUCCCUUAGGUUUAAGAUUCGACUCCAGUAAUUUUGACCCCUUUCCAUCAUGGUCAGCAGGAGCAUAGAUGGUAGCCCUGAAUAUACAAACCAAAGACAUCUUUAUGCUAUACAAUUACGGUAUGUUUCUCAAUAGUUCUUAUAUAUUGAAGUCUAAAAAUGAUAUUUAAAUGACACUCUUCAUCCAAAUACUAAGUGCCAGUAACAUAGUGUGGGAAGAGGAGAAAAGAAGACAGCAAGAGGUUGUCGACCCUUACAUCAAAGUCAGGAUUGCUGGGAACAAGGAAGACGUAAAUAACUCAGAAAAAUGGAGAACUGAAGUUAUCUACGACAAUGGGUAUCAUCCAAUCUUCAAUUAUAAAUGCAAAAUUCAACUGAAACAUGCUUAAUAAGAUGUGAUUUACUUCCAGGCAUAUAGUUAUUCGCUUUUGGGAGAUUCCUUACUGGGACAAUAUUGCUUAUCUCCAUUAAAUUUGAGAAGAGGUUAUCGAAUAGUCCCUUUAUUAAAUUCUUAAUUGAAGCCAUUAUUAAACUCUUUUGUUUUAGUAAAUAUUAAAAUAGAGUAUUGA